UCAGUCAGUUUUCAGUCAACUCUCAAGUCUGCAACAAGCCUUCAAAGCUCAAACGAAAGUUCAAAUCUUUUUGCCAAUUUUUUUAAAGAGAAUUUUUAAAAGUAAUCAUCCAGCGAAAGUGAAUAUAAUAAUCGAGCAAUUGUGCAAUAAAAAGUAAACAAACAUAAAAUAUCAACAAAGUAUCAACAUGGAAAUUUCAUCAACAAACGUUAACUACUCGGAAAGUUUCAUCGACACCAUCUACGACUAUCAAACGACAUUUGUGGAAAAGUCAGAAGGAAAACUUCUCGUUCAUCCUAUAACAAAAACUCUCGAUAUUCGCACUGAACGAAAAGUGCCGAGACUUGGAUUGAUGCUUGUUGGAUGGGGUGGCAAUAAUGGUUCGACCUUGACUGCAGCUUUGGAAGCUAAUCGCAAUAACUUGUCAUGGCGUACAAAGGAAGGUAUUCAAACAUCAAACUGGUUUGGAUCUAUCACUCAAGCAGCUACUGUGUUAGUUGGUUCUGAUCACAAUUUCAAAGAUGUCUACUUACCGAUGAAAGACUUCUUACCAAUGGUCAAUCCCAACGAUAUCAUCGUUGAUGGUUGGGAUAUCAGCUCAUAUAAUCUUGGUGAUGCAAUGAAGCGUGCACGAGUCUUUGAUGUCGCUUUGCAAGAUCAAUUAUAUAACAAGCUUUCGAAAUUAAAACCACGACCAUCAAUCUAUGAUCCCGAUUUCAUUGCCGCCAAUCAGUCUGAUCGUGCUGAUAAUCUCAUCAAUGGAACAAGAUACGAACAGUUUAUGAAAAUUCGCGAUGAUAUUCGGGAAUUUAAAAAAGUAAAUAAAAUCGAUAAAGUUGUUGUAUUGUGGACGGCAAAUACAGAACGUUUUAGUGAUGUUCGUGAAGGUUUGAAUAUGAAUAUGGAUCAAUUGGAAGCAUCUUUGAAGAGAAAUGACAUUGAAAUCUCACCAUCGACAAUUUUUGCAAUGGCAUCAAUUGUCGAAGGUUGCAUUUACAUUAACGGAUCCCCACAGAAUACUUUCGUACCGGGAGUUGUUGAAAUGGCUGAACAUCAUGGCGCUUUCAUCGCUGGCGAUGAUUUUAAAUCUGGUCAAACAAAACUUAAGUCAGUUUUGGUUGAUUUUUUGGUUGGUGCUGGUAUCAAACCUGUUUCGAUUGUGAGCUACAAUCAUUUGGGAAACAAUGACGGCAAGAACUUGAGUGCACCGUCACAAUUCCGUUCAAAGGAAAUCUCCAAAAGCAACGUCGUUGAUGACAUGGUUGAAUCAAACGACAUCUUGUACAAGCCUCAAGAACAUCCUGAUCAUUGUGUUGUAAUAAAAUAUGUUCCAUAUGUUGGCGAUAGCAAGCGCGCUAUGGAUGAAUAUACAAGCGAAAUCAUGAUGGGUGGUCACAACACACUUGUCAUUCACAACACCUGUGAAGAUUCACUUUUGGCAACACCAUUGAUUCUUGAUCUCGUGAUUCUCGGCGAAUUAUGUUCUCGAAUUACCAUAAGAGAUCAUAACAAACCAGACACAAAAUACGAGUCAUGCAAAUCAGUUUUAUCACUUCUUUCUUACAUGUGCAAAGCACCUUUGGUUCCACGCGGUACUCAGGUUGUCAAUUCGUUAUUCCGGCAACGUGCGGCAAUUGAGAAUAUUUUGAGAGCAUGCGUUGGUCUCGCACCUAAUUCACAUAUGGCUUUGGAACAAAGGUUUGACUUUUCAUCUAUCAGUGUUGAACCAGCAACAAAGAAGACAAAAGGCAAUGGUUUAAAAAUGAAUGGCAAUGCCAACGGCUACCAUCAUGAGAUCAACAGAAUAAAUGGUCACAGCAAGGAAAUGUUGGUAGAGAAUGGAAAACAUUAAGUGAUUAAGCUAUUCAAAUACUUGCAUGUAGCUUAUUAUGUACUGUUAAUAUCACAGAUUAGUGAUGAAAAUAUGUUUACAAAUUAUUUAAUAUUUUUGAUGAGGUUCGAUUGACACUGCAGAAGAAUUUUUGGAAAACUUUAACUUUAUUUUAUGAAAUUGAGUCUUUAGAAAAUUUCCAAGAACCAAUUGUAGACUUAAUAAGCAUCAGGGUCCUUUUGAAGAAAGAAAUAUUUUGAAUUUAUCAUGAGAGCAAUCUCUCAACUUCAUAUUUUGUAUUGAAAUAAAUUAGAAACGAUCGUCUUAUGAAUUUUAAAACGAUAAACAUUUUAAUGAAAAGAAAAGAUGAGUCUGAAAUCGUGUAUACAAAAUAUGUAUAAUCGUGUAUGUAAAUUAAAAAUCACAUCAAAAUUUAACAAUAUUUAGCACCAAAACUCAAUAAACAUCGUUUCUAGAUUUUAUUUCAUCACAUUCAUCGAUUAAUUUCACAACAAUAUAAAAUCUAAGUGGAUUUAGACAAAUUUUUGGAAGUUUUAUGCAUGGGCAGAAUGCAAAUAAUUUAGAAAGUUUUGAUAAAAUUGCAACAUUUUAAGAUGUUGUGAUGUGAUCGUAAAAUUUAUUAGCAAGUUGAUACAAAUUUUUAAAAAAGCUAAUAAACUCGAAAUUUAUGACAAACAUUCGUCUCGACCCGUCCCUGUGUUGGUAGAUUAUCAAUAUUGACAUCGAUAGGAUGACGUUGCACAUUAAGUAUUGACAUAACGCUUUCAUCAUGUGCAUUGAACAAUUUAAAGAAACCCUCAUUGAAAUUGUCAAAUCUUUAUUUGGACUAUUCAGAGGUGUUUUAUGUGACAGCAAAAUGAGAGAAGUCACUUUAAAAAUUUAUUCAUUCCAUUCGGAAACUCAUGUAAAAGUAUAAAAAAUAUAAAACAGCCGUUGUUAGGUGUGGAAUAAAAGGA